GCUAAUCAGAGAAGCGAGGCUACCAAGUUGCUUAUCAAAGAUGGCGGAUCAUCAAGGUAAGGAAGGAACUUUUGCCUGUUGUAACUUUCAUUUUCUUCGGACAUUGUGGGUAAUCAAGUGUUUUUGCGUCGUUUUCAUCUCUUAGAAUGAACACGGAUGUUGUAGUUCAAGCUUUUUUCAUUUAACGUUUUCUUUAAAGCUGUGGUUUGAUUAUUUGCAAAAGAAUGAUUCUGAUCGACGUCAGCUGUCAGGUUAAUUCAUUGUGACAAAUCAAUGAAUUAAAAAUUAUUAAUAUUUAGGGUUACCCUUUAUAUGAAAUUAAGUGUAACUGUUUAAAGACAUACGAACAGGGAGUUUCAGAAAUCAAGUUUUUGUGGGGACUUUUUGAUAAUAAACUGUUUUAAAAUUGGCCAUUUAAUAACAGUUGUGUGCCCAGGCCUUUGAAUAGAAGCGAGGAUGGCGGUGACUUUGUUUUGUUACAAACCUUCUUGUUUUUCAUAUGUAAAUGAUCAUGUUCACGGGGUUGUUAGCAUGAGAAUACCACGAUUUGCACAGGCAGGAAAGUUUGUAACAAAACAAUGUCACCGCCGGCCGCGCUUCAUUUCAAACGCCGGGGCAUUGAGCACACAACUGUAAAAUGGCCUAUUAGUGAUAACAUAUGUAAACAUUAUUCACAAUUUCAAUGACGCUUUUUAUAUGUUUGACGCCAAUAACAAUAGUAAUAUUUGAACGACAUGUCACAACAUUUUACAAGUUGCUUUUACUUAACUCAAAGGUUCAUAUCCUGAGUAAAUUCUAUGAUUAAAUUUCCCUUGUUUCAUUAUAUACAAAAUCAGAUGCCAGCCUUCAAGAAUGUUUCAGUUUUGGCUUUGCACUUCUCUCUAAAAAUUUCUGCCUUUCAGACCCUACUCCCCCUUGAAAUUUCUAUUGAUCUUUGAUCCAUGAGAAGUAUGGAUAUUUUCUGAAACCACACAUUGGUUCAAAAAGUGUUCUGUUACAAAUUUGGUCAGUAACUUGAAGGGCUAUCAUUAAGAGCCGGGGGCUGGGGAUUUCCCCCUACUAAUAUGAAUGUGGCCCCUGGCUACUCUCAAUGGAAAAUAGAAGAAAAAUUCAACCAAAAGAAAUCCCUAGCUGUAUGAUUCCCCGCCUACUUGUUGUAUUUACCUGGCAACUCGAAAUCGUAGUGACAACCCUGGCAACUGUGCCACAUCUCCCUAACGAAACCUCCAUUAUUUUUUUUUUGGAUUAACCUGUUGAGUAAUUAGUGGCUUGGUAGGACACAGGCUUGGAUUUUUGGUCUGCUGAUCUUGUAGGCUCAAAAAUUCUAGACUCGGCCUUUUGCCACCUGUAACACUGACCCUUUUUUCCCAUCUGUAGGCACUGGAAACUAUGAUGAGGCCAUCAUGGCCCAGGUGGAUAAUAUCCAGAAAGAGGUACUAUCACCCUAGGAACACAAUUUCCGUUUGAAAUGCAACAGGGAUGCUUUUCAGACAGUUGAAUUCUUAGGGAGUCCAAUCUGGACAUGGCUUGUGCUCAGGCUUUGUUUAACCUCACAAGAGGACUGCAUAAAAGCAGACAAUCAAAUAAGAGCCAUAUUGAUUUUCAUACUGCUUAAGACAUCAAAAUUUAAUGCUUUGCUUGAUGGUGCCUCAUUUGUUUAAUAUAUUAUGACAAAUUGUUGACACACAACCCAAAGCAAUACUUGUAUAGGUAAAAAUAGAGGCUUUUAUAGUCCUGGGGGUACUCACUAAAAUUUUAUAUGGGAAGGCUUCGCCCUGAGUUCCUACCCCUUACCGCAGAUUGACUCUUGUAAGCUACCACAAAAACUUGGAUUUUCCACUGGCUACUAUUGGGAGUUGCAGUGUAAUAACAACAGUUUUCCUCUCCAUUUAAUUUGUCAUUUUAUUCCUAGAUUGCAGAUAUACACAAACUUGUAAGUGACAAAAUGGACAUCACCUGCCUAGAAAACGAAUAUGCUAUGGAUGAUUUUGUAUACCAGUCUAAAAUCAAGGUACACUACAAAACAAAACUUAUCCAUAUCUCGUUUAGUAUAAUAUUUAAAUACUAAUUCUGUAAGCUUCUUGAAAAUGUUUAUACUAUAAGUUUAAACCUGCACUCUUUUAAUCAACACUAAUAUUAUAGGUUAAACACAAGGCUACAGCUUAAAAAACAGAGUAAUCCCUCCCACCCAGAGAAGUUGUUGAUUUUUUUCAUUUUCAUUUUCUUUUCUCUUAAUUAACUACAGGACCUAGCUUUGACAUAUUCACAUGUGAGAAAAACAAGAGGUGAUGGGAACUGUUUCUACAGAGCUUUUGGAUUUUCUUACCUUCAGGAACUGAUUGGCAAUCAAAAGGAAUAUGAGAGGUGAGACAUGGCAAUAAAAAAUAUUGCAUGACCAAGAAAUACACUGGUCAGCAGAGGAGAUGCUUAAGUACCCCAUAUCUGCAAGCCAGUUGACUGCGGUCAAACAAGUCUUUACAAAUGUACAAAAACUUAAUUAGAGUGCUUCUAAAGUUUGACACUUUACCAUAGUACUGGGACAUCAUUCAAGGGGAAUGACAACACUCUUCACUGCUUUAAGUUACUGAUAACUGUGUAAUGCUCUUCUUUUGUUUGGGGCAUGGCUUUAGCUUUAAGUGGGAUUUAUUAGCUUCUGACAAAAAGACUCCAGGACAUGAGACUCUCAUGUGUGAUAUUAUAUCCCAUGUCAAUGAUAUUUCAUCACCCUUUACUUACAUGUACAGUUGUAGUCACUGUAAACCAUUUUAAUAGCCCACAUUCAAUGUAUUAUAAUAUUCUAACAUGACUCCAAACAGGCUUUAGGCUCAAAAUUGCAAAUUUUUUACAACUCUGUUGUCUCGCAAUUCCCAGAGGAGACUUGAGCACAAAGAAAACCAAGUAUAGAAAAAUGACCAGAAAGCCUCAGAGUCAUUAGAAUUUUAAUAUAUCAAAUGUUGGCUAUUAAAAUACAACAUUUGACCAAUUUUUUUUAAACAUUCCACCAUCCGUUGUAGACCACAAUUUCCUGCAGCAUUUCUCUGUGUAGUCACACAAAAUGAAAAUGCUUCUCUUAAAGCAGUCUGUAAUACUCUGUUGCGAGUGAAGACGUAAUUGGUAAAUAAAUAAAUACACUGGGGAGCAUUGUGCAACAACACAAAGAAUGGAUUCAUGGGAGACUAGUUUUAAGGUCUAGGCUCUGGUGUUUAGACUUAAUUAAUGCUGUCACUUUUCGUUGUGUCUUUAAACAGAUUUCAUUCCUUAGCAUCUCAAAGUAAAGAUGAACUUGUCUCUCUUGGAUUCCCUUCCUUUACAAUUGAGGACUUUCAUCAAGUUGUAAGUUAACCAAAAGUUAAUCAAAAUGGUCAAAUUGUCAUACCAUGAAUGUCCGAAAUAUGCCUGUAUCUUUUGUGGUACUAAUAAGUGAAAUUUCCUUUAAAAAAAAAAAAACAAAACAAAACAAGAACUGUUAUCCUUUAAUGUCUUUAAAUGUCUUAAUCUCCAAAACAUCUGUGGGGUAUUGAGGGGAGUUGUCAGUUGCUAAUCACUACUUAACUAGCAGAGGUGGUAUGUUUGUGUGUUUUCAGGGGAUACUGCUCGAUACACUGUCUGAGUUUUUGAGGAAGAUGGAGAAAUAUAAAGCCUUUCCUAGACCACAUUCUACUUGUGAUUGCAUUUUAUAUAACAGACUUAAUUCUUUUCACCCAUGGACUAGCCAUUAUCUUCAUGUGCAUUCACUUUUUGAGCUUACUGGUUUAUUGAGUCAAAACAAAAUGCUUAGCUCUACUAACUAUGUAACCUUUUUUACUCAGACGUGGUUCUCAUCGAGUGUUAGUUCAUUAAAAUAAUAUAUGUCCUUUUGUCUGAAUACCAGUUCAUGGAAACAAUUGAAGCUGUUGGAAAAGAACAGUCUGUUGAAGAGCUUGAAAAGGUAUGAAUAAAAAUUAAACUUCAACUGAUCACGAUGAGGUAUUUUAUUUGGGUUGUUUUCCUACUCAUAGGCCUUGUCAGGUACUCGCAUUGUGGGUGGCUCCCUGAUCCUAAAAUGUUGUACAAUAAUUGGUAUUAUAGGAUUUAGUGAAGCUGAAAGCAAUGGCGGAAUUGCACACAUUUUAGGUAUCCUACUGAUGAACAGUUACAACUUAAAUACAUGUUUUGAGCCACAACAAUUAAUUUGCUGUCCUUCAUCUUUGAAUUAACAGAUAAUUAAUUCUAAGCAAAAGCAAUUUUUACACCAGUAAUUCUGCCUAAAACCAAACAGUGUCUUUUUUGUUGCAGUUGUUCUGUUACCUCCCUCUUAUGGCCAUGUAGCCAUGCACCUAUACACCAAUAUUAUUCCUCUCCUCCCUACAAUGGGUCUCUGUUGUUCUUUGUAUGCUUCACCCUUCAUGAAUUUGGCCUUUGGGUGGAGAUGUGUUGAUUCAUGGUUAGACUAGCUAGACUGUUCACAUUCCCUUAUUUUUUCAAAGAUCAUGAGGAUUGAGCACUUACCAGUACGGGCAGCCAGCAUGGUUUCAUGUGUACUGUCCACCACUCCCUAAGUAGAUUUGACACUCAUUUAAGAUGGCCACCCAUAAUGCAAAGUUCUCAACCGCAACGAUCUUAUGGCCAACCCCAAAACUUACUCUCUGUACAAGAACAAAGUUUUAGAACCCAAGGUAUUCUCUCCCUUUUUGAAUGUCUGCUAUGAUGCCUUUAAUUAUGCAACAUUACAAAAAAAUGUUACUCAAUAGCUUUUGUGUUUGGGGGCAUACUGUGUGUAGUAACAGGUUUCCCAGUACUGAAGAAAUUUUCCAUAUAUUUAGUUUAUUGUGGAGCUACCUAACUUUCAGGAAUUAUUUAAAUGACAGUUUUCUUUGUUUUCUCAGAUAUUCUGUGAUGAUGGCCUUUCAAACUACAUUGUUGUAUAUCUACGACUUUUAACAUCAGCUCAACUUCAGAGAAAGUCUGACUUUUUCCAGAAUUUCAUAGAAGGAGAGAGGUCAAUUAAAGAAUUCUGUAGCCAGGUACACAUUUUCCCUGCUUAUUAUUACAGGUAUUAAUUUUUAGGCUUGGGCAUUCCACAGGAAGCUAAUUAUUAAUGUUGCCCUUGUCAAUGCUUUGAAUGUUCUUCCUCUCUCAUCAGGAAGUAGAACCAAUGGCCAAAGAAAGUGACCAUAUCCAUAUCAUAGCACUGACUGAUGCCCUUGGUGUUUGUGUCCGUGUGGUAUACAUGGAUAGGGGUGGAGAUUCGUCUGUCAAUCAUCAUGACUUCCCAGAGGAUGGCUCACGCCCCCUAGUCUUUCUACUGUAUAGACCUGGACAUUAUGAUGUUUUGUACCAGAAACAACUAUAAUAGAAUUUUUUUAAAAUCAGUUAAUUUCAACAUGAAAUAAAUACAUUUUUUUCUGUAGGAUAUUUAUUUUUACUAAAAGUGGUUUGUACAGAAUAUUUGUGAAUAAAGGUAUCUGUUAAGUUUGAUGUUUCGUUGAUUGUUCUUGUGGUAGAUAGUACUAUUCUUUCAUAACAAGUGUUUCCAAAGUUCACAACAUAAUCUGCAAUACUUCUUUUUGGAUGUGGCCCAGGGUAAAGAAAGACAUUUAUAUUCUAUUUCGCGAACAGUCAAGUUCACAGGGGGUGAGGGUGGGGGGUACUCCUUACAAUGGCCUAUACAGCAGGGAGGCUCCUCUGGAAAGGGGUACGUUUUUUAGACUUCAGGUAUAUGAAAGGGUAGGGAAAUCUUUCAUUUUUGUUUAUAAAAAGGCCCACGAUGGCUAACAGAUGAAUUUUAUGGUUUAAAAAGUCAAGAAAACGUUCUGGUUUUGAUUGAUUCACAUUUAAGAGACAGUGCAUUUGAGGUAGUUAAAAAGGAUGCUAAGUUGGAAACAAACUUAUCUGAUUAUCUGAAAGGGGUACCUCUUUCGUGAAAAAUGGUAUAUAAAUGGGUAAGGGGCCCGGGGGGCACUUGGGCAUCUUUUGGGUGGGUAUGUGCCUCCCGGGAGACCAAAUUUGCAUCCCGUUCUAAAAAAAAUUUCCCCUAACAUUGAUACCCCGUUCUAGAAAUGGGCCAAUUUUUAUACCCCGUUCUAUAAUUCGCCCUAAAACUGAUACCCCGUUUUAGAAAUGGGCCAAAUUUUUUAUACUCCGUUCUAGAAAGUUUGUAAAUUGAGAUAGCCCUGUUUUUUUUUUAAAGAUAUUUCUUUAUUUGUUCGACUUAUACAUCAACUAAAUGCUUCUUCAUAAUCAUCCGGAUUACGUUUCCUGUGCAUGUGGUAGCAAGAUCUCUCACCACGCACAGAACCACGCUCGUAAGCUAACGAUUUUCGUUCUCCUCCCCCUUCCCUUUCUUUUGAGCCCGUCUUCAUCCCCCUCGGGUACAUUAUGGACUCGUUCCAGACUUUAUCCAAGAUGGCGCGGAGUCAGCGCUCGCCGCUCGCGCCAAAAAACGCCCGCCCUGCACGCCAAAACACAGGGUGCAUCAAGAGUACAACAGUUUGCUUGUUAACGCAUUGAACCGUAUUAAGAGCAAUCUGUUCUUGAAUAAUUUCAAAUGGCUGUUUACAAAACUGGAGCUUUCGUGCGUUCGAAAUAUAAAUACAUCGACUCAUGAAUAAAGUUCAUCAUCAUCAUCGUCGUCAUCAUCAGUACACGCCCCCAGGGGUAAAAUUACACCCAUUCCAUAACCCCUUUUCAGACCUUAAAAACCUUCACAGAAAGAAAAUAGGACCCCUCCCUUGUCGCUCGUACUGUGUAUAGCGUAUACAGGGUAUAGUACACCCUUUCCCACUCCCCCACCCUCACGGACCAUGCGGAAAGUUCUGCCAUCGCCGGACCUUCUACUGUAAAACUGUGACGUGAUUGUAUACUUAUAUGGUACUUGUCAUCCUUAUAUUUUGGGGUAAUUGUUUGACAGCAGCUUUUAGAAGCAUUUUCAAGAUGUCAUGGAACGACUAUAUCGACAAUCUUAUUGCUCAGUCGAAAGGUAGCUCGGGUAAAGCCAACAUCGACAAAGCUUGCAUCAUUGGCUUGUAGAACGGAAAUAUGUGGACAACGCAAGAAAACCCUCACGUUUUAAGGCUAACACCAGGAGAAGGAAUGAUUAUCGCUGAAUGCUUCAGGAAAAAGGAUUUUACUGGGUUUUCAACAGAUAUCCGUGUUGAAGAUGAGGGCUAUAUUUUCUUACGCGAUAUUGACAACAAAAUGGUUCUGGCAAGGAGGAGCGAUGCCGGAAUCACGAUGCAGGCUUCUAAAAGUGCAGUUGUUAUAGCUCGCACACGCGAAGGUGGCCAACAAGGGAUCACUAACAUAGCCGUUGCAAAGAUUGCUUAUUACCUUGAAAGUGUGAAUAUGUAAUUGCAAUAGAACUAGAAGGCCUUCAAAAACGCUACAACACCGAUAUUGAACAUGAACUAGCGAGAGUUCCGGUUAGGACAGAUUAUAGCGUGACUUUGAUUUUUACUUCAUCACGCAAUAAGGAUGAUAAAAGGAAACUUAACAUAAAAAGGAUCAAUAGGACCUGAAAUUGCAAUAAAAUCAAUGUUUUCAUAAGCUUUUCAAAAACAUAUUUGUAGAAUGUUGCUGUUUUCAUGUUUGUUCAUUUCUUUUUUUUUUUUUUUUCAGUGCAGUAUUUCCUGUAAUCUUGUACGCGGACGUUCUUUGUGUCGUAACGCAACGUUCCUCCCCAAGUUUUACUCGACGACACAAAGGAGCUUGAUCCGAUUCAGGGUCAUUCAGGUUUUGUGGACGCAUGUGUGCAUCAUUUUGCGAGGGUCAGGGAGUCCUAAAGACGAGAUACUAGCCCCUGCCCCAAGUGUGCCCCCCCCAAAAAAAAAGUGUCCAAGGGUCUCCAAGAAGCUAAGACAUUGAAGAGGUACAAAGUGGUAGAAGUACUAGCUCCUUCUGCUUCACACCUAAAAGUGAUGGGACAGGGAGGGAUGAUUGGGAGAUGUAAGGAAGUUGUCUUUCUUGCACUCCUAGUUUUUAUCCCAAUUUUCCUUAAUAGUUUUCUAAAGGUUCAGUCUUAAUCUAGUAAAAAAAGCUCACCGAUUUAAUAAACGAGGACGAAUUUCCCCGUCCACAUGGACCAUCCUCCUGUCGCGUAUUUCCAGGACAUUUCAUGGAAGCUUACAUGGCACGGUGUCAACAGUAUAUUUUAUUUCCCACAGGUCUUAGCGACACAUUUCCAUGGUGAUUCGCCAUUUUGACCAUCUGUGGUGCAUGUGAAAAAGAAAGUUGUAUAUUAUUUUAAAUUCUACGCCUACAUUUUCACAGAUAUGGUAAGUCUUUUUGUUUUCAAAAGUGAAAAAUAUUUUUUGUUACCUAAAUAACGUUUAUAUCUCGUUUUUGUAGUCCAAGGGAACAACAAUCAAAGACGCUUUAGCGAGCUGGGUGAGUACAAAGUUCUCAUGUAACGCUAAACUUUAUUUUUUAAAUUCUUGAAGCUUCAUAGAGAGUUGGUGGCGUGUUCAAAGUAAUAUACUGCUCCUUUUUUUAAUAUAAAGUAUAAUUGUGACACUCUACUUAUCAUGUUUCGCAUGAACCAUGUGUCCAGACCUCAAAAGUAAAUUCAGUGUUCGUUUAUUAAUAUUGCCUUUCUUCUAAUGUGUCACAGGAAAAGAAAAAUGAGCAAAAAGCCUCAGAAUCAACAGAAAUCAAGUUGUAUGCACAAUAUCCUCCAAUAGAAAAGAUGGAUGCCUCCUUGUCUACUCUUUCUUGCUGCGAGUAAGUACUGCUCAGCACAGGCAUCCCAAACUCACUAAGGGAGCACUCCUUGUUGAAAAUUAAUACAAUUUAUAGGGUUCAUAUGGGAACAGCAAAAAUUCAAAAAAACUUGCCUUAUUUUAGCUUAUUGUAAAGAAACGAAAUGAAAUACACUUACUGGUGCUGUAUUUUGUAUCCUAGUGUAUUUCUGAGGCAAUUUUGGCUGGUUUUGCCAUACUGUCUUAACCUUCAUUAGAAGAACUUAAAGCUACACACUUCAGUGGCUCCAAGGCCCAGACUUUCCCUCGAUCAAGGGGGAUUUUUAUCGCAAAAAUUGGCCUGAUCGGCCUUUUGACUGUUAUAACAUGAAGCUCAAUAACAUACACAUUUAUUGUGAGUAUUUUUUGAGAGGAUUGUCGCCAGUUUUCAGGGCCCCUGUUACUUGUCGCUUUUUCCACUUGGAUGUUCUCAGCCAUUGAGCAUUGAGUUGAGAAUCAAGACUUGCACAACAAAAAAUAAUAGAUGUAAAUUUGCCUGAUGUUUAAAUACAGGUCAUAUUUCUCACUCAAAUAUUUACUGCUAACAAAUUCAUUGCCUUGUUUUUUAUUGUGUACUAAUCAUUUGGAACUGUUGAUUUUGCAGAAAACUGUCUUUGUCAACAAACUGCAUUGAGAAAAUUGCCAACCUCAACGGUUUAAGUAAGUUUCCACUCUUUGAUGAAUCUGCAUGUAUAUUGUAGCUCAUGGGAAUUACCUUAUUUCUUGCAAGCUACGUGUACAUGAACAUACAUGUUCUUACAUAUUUCUUGAAUGUCUAUGUCCUUAAGAAGUAAAUUGUUUGUUCCCAUUGAUCUUGUACAGUAGUUGCAUUUGAGAUUUCUUUCAUUAACCUGCAAAGAAACUAGAAUUUUUCUCUAUACUAGGCAAAAUUGUUUGCCUUUGCCACUCAGGCAUAAACUAUAUAUGGCAUUACUUUGUGACAGUUCUGCAAGGCCUAUGUAAACCCUGGUGAUUUAGUGAUCUGUUUGCAAAUAUCUGUUCUCUAACAGCAGUGUUUAUCUUUUUCAGGAAAUAUCAAAAUCUUGUCACUGGGAAGAAAUAACAUAAAAAAUCUCAAUGGUUUGGUAAGUGGUCAGAUCGCAAUACCAGGUGUAAUAUUCAAUUAGAUUAUUAUUCAUUACUGUCGAAAUGCAGUUCAGUAGUUUUUUCUGUGUUUUAACUUGGAGAAUGUUUGAUUUGUCUCUAGGAAGCAGUAGCAGACACACUGGAAGAGCUUUGGAUAUCCUACAAUAACAUUGAAAAGUUAAAGGGUAUUGGUGUACUGAAAAAACUUAAGGUAAAUGUUGUUUUAUUUAGCCUUGUCUCUCAUUUAUAAAAGCUGUGCAAGUAUUUUUUUGGUGUGGAAAAUUCAAACCCUUUUAAGUGUUCCUUUGCUUUGCAAUCUGUAGGUUAUUUUUAUAGGAACUCUGAUAGUCAUAGUUCCUCACUUAACCUUACAAAAAAUAUUAAUAUGUACAUUACAUACUGACCUUGCAGUUGUAAGUUUUUAAAACUUCUCUUUUAGAAAAUUAUAAGAAAAAUAUGGUUAAAGGAAAGUAAAAUUUAGUAACCCUAAAAUAAAAUAUCAGGAAGAUGGUGGUACUGUUGCUCAUGUUCACUUGUCUUGAUAUUGUGUACUGUCCACAUAGGGAAUUUUAUCUGUGAUUAUUAUAUUUGCUAGGUUCUAUAUAUGUCAAACAAUCAAGUCAAGGCAUGGGAUGAAUUUCAGAAGCUGGUGAGUGAAACUAUACAACAUCAAAAAAAUCGCUUGAAACUGUUGGGUAAUUUUAGACUGAACCAAAUGAUGACAGAAUUGACUGAAAUAUAACAACAUAGUGGCUUCAUACUGUAGAAGAAUACGGUCAAUUCUCACCCUGUGGACGCCAUGCUAUUACGGACACCAAAGUAGACAGAUAAAUUCCUGGCAAAAGUAAUUAUUACAUAUUUUGGAUUGGAAUAAACUCCUGUUGACAAUGACUCUAGCCACUAAGGGCACAUUUAACUUGUGGUCCCAAAGUUUGCCCACAAUGAAGUGAUUUACUGUGAAUGGGCCUGUUUUUCUCCAUUUGUAUUAUGACGUGAUUAAUGAUCAUCAGGAGCGUUAUCUGCCUGUACAUGUACGGCAAUAACUUUGUUAAUAGAUGGUAUUUCUUUCACCAAUUUGUACUUUUAAAUAUGCCAGAAGUAAUGAAAAAAGCAAGGUCUGCGUCAUUGAAAAGUAUCUUUACUUACAGUGCUGUUAGAGUAGCCGAGGAUAAAGAUAUAAACAAAUAAAUAAAUAAUGUAGAGGUUAGACUAUUCACAGUCCCCUAUUUUUUCGUAAGAUUGUCAGGAUAAAGGGCUUACCAGUACGAGUUGCUAUCUUGGUUUCAGAUGUACCAAGGGGAAGGCAUCAGGGUUUAUCAUCCUCUGCCCCCUAAGUAGAUUUGACACCCAUCCACAGGCUAAGUUUGGAAUAUUUGAAACCAAGACUUAAAAUGCUAAAUCUCAACGAUCUUACGAGAAAUUAGGGGACUUUGAACAGUCUAUUUGGAGGUAGUUCAUUGACAUGUUGAGAGAUCUGUUGUAACUGUUCUGUUUGACUUCCAACUUGCUUCUUUACAGGCUGAGCUCCCACUUCUCGAAGAUCUUUUGUUUGUUGGUAAGAAAGUUACAAUCCUGCUACCACUCAAUAAAGUUGCAAUUAGUGCACUAGUAAUUGUCAACAAAUGUGACAAAGUACGGUGGGGACAACAAACUAUUUAUCGUCCAUAGAGUUCAAAAGUACUGUGCAUAAUAAUACUAUAGGCCACGUCUCACGACACCUGCACAUAACAUUGUAAAUUCUGUGGGACGUUAAAGAACCCACACACUUUUCGUAAAGAGUAGGGGAUGUAGUCCCUGGUGUGGUUCUCUAUCUCUCAUGGGGGGAGGGACUGUUAUGGGCCCACAGUAAUUGGCACCACGCACUGUUGUGGUGACCCUACCAAGUAUUGGCAAACCUAAGUAAAAAACGUUUUGUGGUUACAUUAAGUUAUGAGCCAUUUUUACACAAUCUUUUGGCUUCAAUUAGUCUUCAAUCAGUCAAAAAGCUUAACCAGUGUCUUGGGUUUUAUACGUUGCCCAAAAUAAAUACCGGUAUGUUGUUUUUUUAGGGAACCCACUUGAAGAAAAACACUCUGCUGAUGGUGACUGGAGAGAGCAAGCGACCAAAAGACUGCCACGCCUGAAAAAACUUGAUGGUAGGAUAAUAAUGUGCUUUUCGACUUGGCUCAUUAGAAAUGCCAGUCUUUGAUUAUUAUUGGGUCAAAUUCUGCCACGGUGAAUCAUCGUGGUUAUAGGGCCGUUAAUAACGGAUUACAGGAGCGAAAGAUCUUUUGAUAUUUUUCUACAGGUGUUCCUGUGGUACGGCAAGAUGAAGAAGAGGAAGAAGAAAGUUGA